UAUGCCAGUCCAGCUGAGCUCCUCUUCCCAUCCUCUCCUUCCGUGAUGAUCUGAAAGCCUUCUAAUGUGUAUUUGAAGAAUAAGGAGUCCAUUCUAAAUGUCAUUUCAUUUUUUCUCUCUCUCUCUGCGCUCUGUUCUCAGUUCAAGAGAAAUCAAGAGGGAACUAAGGAAGUCCGGGAACUAAGAAGGUCCCCGAACUACAAUUUAGCAACAUCUAAUGGAGGUUGCUAGGAGAGAAAAUAAACCAUUAAGACUAGGUCCUAAUGUGUGGUAGGUGGCAAACUAUACCCUGUGUCAGAAAGAAAGAAGAAAACAGAGGAAAGACACCUGAAAGGAAGCCAGAAAUUGCCCCAUCACUUCUUGAGUGUUGAAACAUCCAGUAAGGCAGGAGAAGAUGGGGUGCUUCUCGUUUCUGAAAAUGAUGAUGUUUGUCUUUAAUGGCAUCAUAUUUUUAGGUGGACUAGCUUUGCUGAGCCUUGGUGUGUGGGUGAAGGUGGAUGGAGGCUCCUUUGUUAAGAUUCUGGGAGCCUCUGCACCCCAACUGAUUCAGCUGAUCAACAUGGCCCACCUCUGCAUUGCGUUAGGCUCCUUUCUCUUGUUCAUGGGAUUCCUGGGCUGUUGCGGAGCCGUGAGGGAGAGCAAAAGCAUGCUAUUGCUGACAGAUAUAUUUGUUGAGCGUAUGAAGAUCUGGGCUGUCAAAACAUUAAGAGAGGACUAUGGCGUACAAGAUGAUAUAACUUCAGUCUGGGACACCACCAUGAAGGAGCUGAAUUGUUGCGGAUUUAACAACUACACCGAUUUCAAUGGCUCUAGAUACCAGGAGAAAAAGGAAACGUCAGAGUAUCCAGUAUCUUGCUGCUCUGGGAAUGCUCCUUGCCAAAGCAAUCAGAUUGAUCUCACAAAGAUGGGGUGUCUCCACAAAUUUCAGAAGUUUCUGAGCCACAAUGGAAAGAUUGUUGGAGGGGUGGCUUUAGGAAUUUGUGUGCUUGAGGUGGCAGCAAUGGUUGUCUCCAUGGUUUUAUAUUGCCAAAUUCACACUUUUUAUGCCUGAGAGUUUUGCCAGACUUUCCCCUCAUCUUUGAUAACAGAACCUGACUCAGUGAUAUUUCCAGGAUAGUAAACCUAACUCUGUUUUCAUCAACAAUGCUAAGAACUCGAACUGGAGUAACGAAGCCAUGAGUGCAAAAUAAUAAAAAUGUUUUCUAUGUUACUGAAAUUUGUAUUUGGAUAAUGGCCUUUGAUCAGGUAUCUCUUUUUUGCACAGUGAUGUGAAAAAUUAAGACUACUAUUAAAAAUAACUAAACUGAAA